AUGGAAGAAUUUUAUUUGUUAAACAGAAAAGGAGUGUUUCCUUAUGAUUAUAUAAAUUCCUGGGAGAAACUCCUUGAAACAAAACUACCCGAAAAAAAGGAAUUUUAUAGCCGCUUAUACGAACAAGAUGUUAAAGAUGAAGAUUAUUCUCACGCUAUCAAAGUUUGGAAUACUUUCAAUAUUCGUACAUUAGGAGAAUAUUCCGAUUUAUAUUUAAAAACAGAUGUGCUUCUUCUAGCCGACGUAUUCGAAGCAUUUCGAACUACGUGUUUAAAUACUUAUCAACUUGAUCCCUUACAUUAUUAUACUGCACCAGGUUUAACAUUUGAUGCCAUGUUAAAAACGACAAAAAUUAAACUAGAACUCUUAACGGACAUAGAUAAAGUCCUUUUUGUGGAGAGAGGUAUUAGAGGUGGAGUUUCCCAAUGUUCUAAUAGAUACGGUAAAGCCAAUAAUAAGUACAUGAAUAAAGACGAAUAUGAUCCUUCACAAGAUAGUACCUAUUUAAUGUAUUUUGAUGUUAAUAACCUUUACGGAGCGGCAAUGUCUCAAUGUUUACCGUAUGGGAAAUUUGAAUUUGUAGAAAAUUUCAAUAUUUCAGAUAUCUUAGAUACUUCUGAUAAUUCCACAACUGGUUAUAUUAUUGAAUGCGAUUUGGAUUAUCCAGUAGAUUUGCAUGAAAUACAUAGCGAUUUACCUUUAGCUCCAGAGCACAUGAUACCUCCCAUUUCAAGAUCUAAACUUAAAAAGUUGUUAUUGACUUUAUAUCCUAAGAAAAAUUAUGUUAUACAUUAUAGGAAUUUAAAAAUGUAUAUAAAAUUUGGUAUGAAAAUAAAAUGUGUACAUCGUGUUCUUAAAUUCGAACAGUCUGCGUGGUUAAAGGAAUAUAUAGAUUUAAAUACAAGGCUUAGACAGCAAGCGAAGAACGAUUUUGAAAAAGAUUUUUUUAAAUUAAUGAUUAACGCUAUUUAUGGUAAAUGCAUGGAAAAUGUUCGAAAACAUAGGGAUAUUCGAUUGGUCAGUAAAUGGGAGGGACGAUGGGGAGUUCGUUCUCUUAUUUCUAAACCAAAUUUUCACAGUUCCGUUGUAUUUGAUGAUGAUUCAGCUAUCAUCGAAAUGAGUAAAUUAGAGGUGUUUUUAAAUAAACCAAUUUAUGUCGGUUUUUGUAUUUUAGAUAUUUCUAAAACUUUUCUCUAUGAAUUCCACUAUGGUUAUAUUAAGGAAACAUUUAACAAUAAUGCAAAGUUGCUUUACACCGACACUGACAGUCUAAUUUACGAAUUUCAUGUAGGUGAUAUAUACGAAUAUAUUAAGAAAGAUUCUCAUCGGUUUGAUACUUCAGACUAUGAUUUGUAUAAUGUUUAUGGUAUAGAACAAAAAAAUAAAAAAGUGCCAGGUUUGAUGAAAGAUGAAAAUAACGGUAAGAUUAUGUUAGAAUUUGUGGGUCUCAGAUCGAAAAUGUAUGCAUAUAGAGUUGCAAAGGAUGAUUUUAAUAAAAAGGUAGUUAAGAAAUCCAAAGGUAGUACGAAAGCUUCACUUAAAACAAUAACAUUCGAAAAUUAUAAAGAAUGCUUAUUUAAUAGCCGAAAUUACGAAAAGUCCCAAAAUCUCAUCAAAUCAAAACAUCAUAUUGUUUACACAAUAAAACAGGAGAAAAUAGUUCUCAGCCAUAAUGAUGAUAAGAGAAUUGUUACAAGAUUUGCAACGGAUACGCGACCUUGGGGAUAUCAUAUUUCGCCACCAGAAAUGUGA